CGCGCGUGUUCCUCGCGAGCGGUUCUCCGGCCACUGAUCCGGCCCGCCCGCGCGGCGAUCAACACGUUCAUCAUAACCCGGUACUUUUGCGUUCCCCGGAAAAUCAAGGAAAAGUUUCCCCGGACACCUGUUGGACUAAUUAAAAUUAACUACUGAAAUGUUCACGGACUAAGUGUGAGACAAACAAAAUGGCUGCGGCCAUGAUUGCCGAUCGAGGACUUCGUAAAAAGUUGACACAGGAAGCUAUUCCUGUGAAAACUCCUAAAAAGCCGUCGAAGCGCAAAUCGACCGCGAGCGGCUCAAGAAAUGACAAAAAGAACGAGCAAAACAACAACAAACGCCCGAAAAUUCACACCGGUGACCCUAAACUGGAUUUAUUCGAGACUUAUCAGCCUUGGGUCAUCCAGACUUACGGGGAUUUGGCUAAAACCAAGACUAUAACUCUCAAAAAGUACGCCAGGAUCCUUCGUACGCUUCGCGGGGAGGAGUGUAACAGUUCUGACAGUUCCAAGUUUCGUUUUUGGGUGAAAGCGAAGGGUUUCCACGUGGGGAAGCCGCCGGGGUACGAGGCGAAGCCGGCCGACGGGAUCGUGUGCCGCUACAGCGUGCAGGACGCGGAGGGCUGCGCGAGGAACCCCGAGGGGAAGGAGGUCUACACCGGCUCGCAGAACGACCCGCCGCUUUACAUCCCUACACCACCCUUAAAGAACGCACCAAAUCAGGAGCCAGUGUAUCGAAAAGUCGCGAUAGUUGAAAACUUUUUCGAUAUCAUCUACACCGUGCACGUAGAGCUUGAAGGUCGACCAGGAAAGCAUGCUGGACAGAAACGUACAUACAGAACUAUAACGGAGACGUACGCGUUUCUGCCUCGCGAGGCAGUCACGCGCUUCCUCACCGGAUGCGCUGAGUGUGCGCGGCGCCCGCGCAGCGCCUCACCACCACCCCUCCCCACUCCCUCCCCUUCCCCCACGCGCCACCCCACCUACCUACCCUUCCUACCUCACUGCCCCACCGAUUACACCAGAAACUGGGAAUCAGAGAUAGACGCGGCACACUCCAACUACCCUUACGAACCCAAAUUCGACUACACCGAACUUCAGCCUCUUAAAAAAAUAGAAAGCCCAAAAGCGACAGACUCUGAAGACCAGGAACCUACGUAUAUAGAGCUAACAUCAAAGAAGGUCAACGGUUUUGACUCAAAUCCCUUAUUCAGUAGAAGUUCGCCCGUCGAACCGCCGUUUAGAGAAGAGGAACCCGUCAGAACGGACCCGGAGAUCGACAAAGAUGAGAACAGCCUGAUCGACGUUGAAGAUGUCAAAAGUGACAGCCCUAUCCCUAGCGUCAUCCCGAAAGAAGAUGAUAGUGACAAAAAUAAAGAAAUUAUAAGAGUUAAAGAAGAAAAGACUGAUGAUAAGAAACAGAAGAAGUAUAAUCCGUUGGACGUGGCUAAUUUAACGUCUAAAGACCCCCCGAAGUCGGCAUCUCCGCCUAGAAAGAAGUUGUUGCCUUCGAGUUUAGAGUAUUCCAAUUCGUUCGGACGGUUUCCAAAGCCGUGGCGGCCGGACGGAGGGGUGUACUUCGGCGGGGAGGAGGUGGACUACAGCGUGCCCAUAACGACGGCGUAUCUCAAGCAUAUGCGGAGUAUGGCGUAUCAAGAACGACUGGACAUGGAAAAUAAGGAUAAUUUAACACCAGAGCCUGCAGACAUGAACGAUGAUGAUAACUUCUCAAGUCAGGCCUUCGCGAAAGACGCAGAGAAGUUGAAAAUGAUGUUGCUAGCAUGGAAUUACCACAGCCAGACACAAGGCCGCAACGGCGACAUCACCGAGAGCGGGGCCGACAGCAUGGCCGACCUCUGGGCCUCGUACCACAGCGCGCUGGGCCUCGGCAGCAAGCCGCCCAAGCCGCCCACGCCCCUGGCCACUGGCCAUUCGAGUCCGAUCCACGUGGGCUCAGCGACGCCGGUGGAGCCCGUGUCCACGCACGACGAGACCUCGUCGUCCGACCGCACGAAGGACGACGACGACGCCGGCGCCUCCGACGACGACAGCGACGACCGCGUCGACCCGCAGCACCACGACCCGGAGCGGCUUAAAGCUUUUAAUAUGUUCGUCCGCCUCUUCGUCGACGAAAACUUGGACAGGAUAGUUCCCAUCUCAAAGCAGCCGAAAGAGAAGAUCCAGGCCAUCAUCGACUCGUGCACUCGACAGUUUCCGGAGUUUGCCGAGCGCGCCCGAAAGCGCAUCCGGACGUAUCUGAAGAGUUGCCGGCGAAACAAGAAGGUUCGCGGCGACGGACCGACCACGGGGAACGGCGGCAAUGCCACGGGGACCACCAACGCUUGGGACACUGCGGUGCGGCCUACGCCCGCGCACCUGACGUCGGUGCAGGCCGAGCACAUCCUCGCGCAGGCGUGCGAGAACGAGAGCCUCAACGCCAAGCGCAUGCGGCUCGGCCUCGACCCCGUCAGUCAGCCCAUGCCCACCGUACCCACGCCUAUGGCCAUUGACACGACAGCAACCUCAGCCGUGGCAUCCUCGUUCCUGAGCCUGUACAGCAUCAACCCGUCCUCCGCGCCCGCCACCUCCACCUCCAACACCACGUCCUCCUCGCACAGCAAGGCCGCCGCCGACACCACGAGGCCCUCCGUCAGCCCCACGCUCGAGAACCCGCUGCUGAAUAAUAACAGUCUCAAGCUGGACAACGCUAAUGGGAAUGCUGGCAGUAAGACUGCUAGCCCCGCUUCGUCUCCGGCGCCGCUGUUCAGACCGUCUUUCCCGUCUACGUUCGGGACACCGCAGACUUUUGGGCGUCAGAGCACCAACACAAAUCCGGCCACAGCUUUGUCGAGCAGCGCCCUGUUGUCCACGUUAUCAGCAUUGCCUCCAUCAGGUGUAGGCGUGAACGCGGCAAUGGCAGCGUACCAAAGCGCACUACUGUCCGCUAUGGCGGCGCACACGCAUUCCUUCCCCACCAAUCUAUCCGCGCCAACAGACCUGUCCCUGAAGAACCCCUUGCCGGCGGCGGCGGCGGCGCACCCGGCGCCGGCGGCCGCGCUGGGCAAGCCGCUGCUCUCGCACAAGCUGUCGGGCGCCGAGGUGGGCGCCGUGCGGCAGCUCAUCACCGGCUACCGCGAGUCCGCCGCCUUCCUCCUGCGCUCCGCCGACGAGCUCGAGACCCUCCUCCUCAACCAACCCUAGGACGAAGCCAAAACCGACCUCGCCAAUAUAUUCGGUUUCAAAUUUGGAUAUUUCUGAACUGUGCUAGUACAAAUUGUGAUUAAAAUUCGUCUCGGUGCGGUUUUGAACGUUAUUAUUGACGGUGUCGUGUCAAUUUUUGGUCUAAGUGAUGACGGAAAAGAUUUUAGGCGCCUUUGAGUUCGCUUCCUCGGAAUGUGAUUGCUGAGUUUUCGGUCUCAUGAUUUAGGUUUGUGACUUUUGUCAAACGAAAAUUGUGCAUAUUUUCCAGUUUACUGUGUUGUUGAUUCAAUAUAACACUGAGUUGGUAGAGUAGUCCUACUCGGCUUAAUAUAGACUAUUAUAUCGGUUGGACACCUCUAUCUAUAAUCUAUAAAACAGGAACCUAAGUUUCUUCAAACAUACUACUAGAAAUAAUUCAUUGCAAGUUGUUAUUUGUUACAGUAUUACGGUUUUUUUUAUCGAUAAUAUUCACUGUAAUGCAUGUUUAUAUAUUUAAUUGACUAGCAAUUUACUAAAUAUUUUUAUCGUGACAAAAUUAAGACGUUGGUAACCUUGCUAAACUGUGUUAAAUUUCAGUAAAGGUUCUGGGUGCUCCUAAGGGUUUAGCAAGGUUGCUUACCCCUGACUUCUAUGAAGUUCUUGCGCAAAUUUUCAUACUAAAAUUUGGAGUUAUGUGUACGUACUCUGUAUGAAAACUUGCUCAAACACAUCAUGUUGAUUGACCUUUAUUAUAUCGUAAAGAGUUCACUAACUACUGUCCUACAAAUUAAACUAUAGGUAAGCUCGUCGUACAAAGCUGCCAUAUUAUUGUAAAAACACACACUAAGUGUUGCCAUUUGAGAAAUUACUCGUUGGAAGAGUACAAAAUUAUUUUUGUGUAUAUUUAGGAUUAAGAAAAAAAUCAGGGAGAUUUUAGACAUAGGUUAAAAAUUCGAUAUCUUGCCUGGUGCGUAAAAGUUAAAAGUACACUUUAGGGUUAAAGACCAAGUCGCUUCGUGCGUUAAGUUGGCUAGUAAACAAACGUGUAGGCAGCUUAUGUCAUAAAAGGUACUUAAUAAUGCAGAGAGGCCUAGCCGAGGCCCGAGUAUUUUAUCAUUUCCAUUCUUCGGGUUCGAAACACUUCACUUACAUGGUAAACUAUAUUUAACAGAGUUUAAAUACUAGGUUUUAAAGUGGCAUUCUAGACUUAAGAAGCACGAAUUUAUUUGUUGUUUUGUAUUAUACGAUUAGUGGUCUAGUUGUAUUUAUAUGAGUAAUAUAUUCUUAUUUGUCUUUCGGUUUCGAAGCUUUUAAAUAUAGGUCGGGGUCGAAUUUUAGUAUUAAUAAAUUCGAAUAAUGCAAUAUCAUGACAUGUCGCACUGAACCUCGUAAAAAUCUCAAGACAAGCCUUGUAUUGACAAACAGUAUUGAAUAAAUACGAUUCAGUCUUUAAAAUUGGAAAGUGAUCAAGUAGGUACAUUAACAGAGUAUUAAUUUAACUUUCAAUUAUUCAAUCGAUACCAGACCUAUAUCUCGUAAUGAACACUAUCAAAAUUAUCUUCCUUCUAAUUCCUAAUUUCCGAUGUAAUUUCGCGCGUGCUAGUAUAAGGCUGGUUUUAGUCUUCUGGCGGACAGUA